GCAGAGGAAGGCGCUGCGGCUCGGGCUGGCGGCUCAGGUUUUAAUUACCAGUGGAAGGCAGGCCUUUGAAGUGCAGCAUGGCUACUCACCAGCUUUUACAGACUAGGCAAAAGAAAAAGUCUUCUAAGGAAUCAGUGUUGUUCCCCACCAAAAUUGCUACUGAGCAGCAGUCUGUGGUACUGGUGGAAAGACUUCUGGCUGUCUCUGUGUCUUGUAUAACGUACAUGAGAGGGCUGUUCCCAGAGAGCUCCUAUGAAACUCACUAUUUAGAUGGUAACAUUCCCAAUUUGUACCUCUGUCUAAAAAUCCUCAGCGAAGAUAAAAGCUGUCUGGGAUCGCUGCAGAUAGUCAAGUGGAUUCAAGGUUGUUUUGAUGCUUUGGAGAGGCAGUAUCUGCAUGUUGCUGUCCUCGCGAUUUACACCAAUCCCAAGGAACCGGAGACAGUGACUGAACUGUAUCAAUUCAAAUUCAAGUACAAAAAGGAGAUGCCCCAGAUGGACAUCAUCAGCAACCAAGUGAACUUUGUGAAUGGGGUGUGCAGUGAGGACCUUAAACAAGCCAGCAGGGCCCUCAUCAAGAAACUCUACCUGUUAAUGCAGAACCUUGGGCCACUUCCCAACGACAUUCACCUGACCAUGAAACUCCUCUACUACAAUGAUGUAACUCCCAAAGAUUACCAGCCCCCAGGCUUCAAGGAAGAUGGCAGCUCUGGUGACUUGUUGUUUAAUGGUGAUCCUGUCAACCUGAGAGUAGGGUCAGUCUCCACUGGCUUCCACCUCAUGAAGGUGAGACUGACAACUGAAAAGAAGAGAAUGCAGACAGUUGAAAGCAACGUGAUCCAGAACAGCCCUACUGUGAUCUCCAACCAGGGCUUAGACUGUGAUGAAGAGGAAGAGGAGAGGAGCAAAAAGAAUCCCCCUCUCCCUGUCAGAGCAGAUUUGAGUGAGUGUGACGAGGACAAAUGCGAAACCCACCCAGGCUGGAGAAUGGAAACCUCUUCUUUGUACCUUCAAGAUACAGGUGAAAAGAAGAAAAGAAUAAAGGAGAUGGGCAAGAUGCCUUGCUCAAGGGCAUCUCAGCAGGUGAGCUGCCUGAAGCUUGAGUUUAACCAGGAAGAGCUAACAGGACCCAAUAAGAGAAGGAAGGUCAGUGAACCAGAGAAGCUGCUUCUGGGAAGCAGGAAAUGAUGUUCAUUCUGACACCCAAUACAUGUUGGAAGGUGUGAGUUUGCAUUGUCAUUGGACUACUGAAGACCUUCACUCUCUUCCAGUGUUUAACUCUUCCACAUGUGCCACCUGUAUUUCUGCAUGUUUAUUUGUCUAGUGAAAACUUGAGAUUGCCAAGAGACAACAACCCCACCAUUGCCACAGCUGUGGUGUCUGAUGUUCUAAAGCUGGGGAUUUAGGAUUCCCUGUGAGUGGUGUCUGUGUGCUCCUUUCUCUCUGUCCCUCUCCCCCACACACACCACUUUCCACUGAGUACAUUUCCUCCUCUGUGGCUGUCUUUUGCCAGCAUGUCAUCUGUAUUUAAUGGCAGUGCUUCGGGGUGAACCCUCUGAGGUGUCAAUGCAACAAGUCUCGUGAUUCACUAGACUCUGCUUAACUUCAUCCAAUCUUCUGCUUCCACAGCAUAGAUUUCUCUCUUUUUUCCUUCAGAUAAGGGGUUUUAUCUGUAC